UUAAAGAUAAGCACUACGAGGACAAAGUCGUUUAUCAAAAGAGUUAUACGAGAUCGCUUAUUGUUAGUACGGAAACAUAAAGAGACCAAGGAACCGCGUUUGCGCGAAAAUUUUAAAUUCAAAUCCGCGCAACUAUAAAAUGGCGUGCGAUCUAAUAGCUGGAUUCCAAUUAUCCAAUCGAGCAAUUGGCCACGUGAUAUGCGCAGGCGAUCCGUACGCACGAGAACGUCUAUCGGCUGGAGACGAGGCCGAGACUUCCGUGGCGCUGCUUGUGCGAGGCGUCGUGGGAGCACUGGGAGCCAGUGGGAGCCCGUACCGAUGUGUGCGCUUGACCCUUGAUGUAUAAAGCGUGCCCUCGACGCAAUAUGUGAGCAGUGUUCGCCGGGUUCAGGACACGCUAGGAGUAGUCAGAGAAUUAUUGACAAAAUGCACGACCGCGCGAUUGAUCACGGUUCAGAGUUAAAAACCGCCUUUCUUUUACUGGACGAUGGUUCGGUCUUCCCGGGUAAGCGCUUCGGCGCGAUUAAACCGGUCGACGGUGAAAUAGUUUUCCAGACCGGUAUGGUGGGUUACCCGGAGUCGCUCACAGACCCAUCCUACCACGCUCAAAUUUUAGUGCUAACAUAUCCACUAAUCGGAAAUUAUGGAAUAUUCGGUGACGAAGUGGACGAACAUCAUAUACCAUACUGGUUCGAAUCUCAUAGAAUUUGGGCGACAGCUUUGGUGGUCGGUGAAAUGUGCGAAACUUCGAGCCACUGGCGGCAAACCAGAACUUUAUCUGAAUGGAUGAGGGAACAAAACGUCCCCGGCAUAUACGAGAUCGAUACGAGAGCCUUAACAAAAAUUAUACGUGAGAAGGGUACUAUAUUAGGUAGAAUUGUGUACGAACCACCGGCCCAGAAUCCCCUUCCUUCUUUACUCCCUCCGAUAGCGGAUCCGAACAAAAGGAACCUCGUUGCGGAAGUUGUUCAGCCCGUAAAGAAAUGUUACAAUCCCGACGGUAGUCCGCGUAUAUGUGUAGUAGACUGUGGUCUCAAGUACAAUCAAUUGAGGUGUUUGAUUAAUCGGCAUGCGCGCGUGGACGUAGUACCAUGGAAUCACAAUUUAAACGAAGUCAAGUACGACGGAUUAUUUCUCAGCAAUGGACCAGGCGAUCCGAGCAAAUGCGAAAUCACUACAAAUAAUCUUCGCUCGAUUCUCGAGUCCCGAUCGCACAAACCGAUUUUUGGUAUUUGCUUGGGUCAUCAGUUGCUUUGUACUGCUGCCGGCUGCGUUACUUAUAAAAUGAGCUACGGGAAUCGUGGUCAUAAUCAGCCGGUCACGCAUCACGGAACCGGUCGUUGCUAUAUGACCUCGCAAAAUCACGGGUACGCUGUUGACGCUAGCCAAUUACCAGCGGAUUGGGAGCCGCUCUUUACCAAUACAAAUGACAAUAGUAACGAGGGUGUUGUGCACUCGACUCUCCCGUAUUUCUCGGUUCAAUUUCAUCCCGAGCAUACCGCCGGUCCUCAGGACCUGGAAUGUUUGUUUGACGUAUUUCUCGAUGCGGUAAUCGAUGCGGCUAAUGGCUCGCAGCAAAUAUCCAUUAAAGAGAGAUUAAAUAACAAAUUAAGAUUUAAUAUAGACAACGAUAAAUUGCUCGCACGGCCGAAGAAGGUGCUAAUUUUGGGAUCGGGAGGUCUCAGUAUCGGCCAGGCUGGCGAAUUUGAUUAUUCCGGAUCGCAAGCGAUGAAAGCAUUGCGAGAGGAAUGCAUACAAACGCUUUUAAUUAAUCCCAACAUCGCGACUGUACAAACAUCGAAGGGAAUGGCUGACAAAGUUUAUUUUCUACCGAUUAUACCGGAAUACGUCGAACAAGUAAUACAAUCGGAGCGACCCGAUGGUGUACUCUUAACGUUUGGGGGACAGACGGCUCUCAAUUGUGGCGUUGAGCUCGAGAAGAAUGGAAUAUUCAAAAAGUAUAACAUUGAUAUAUUAGGAACGCCUAUACAGUCAAUUAUAGAAACAGAGGAUAGGAAGAUCUUCGCUGAGCGCAUCGCAGAAAUUGGUGAAAAAGUAGCUCCGAGUGCCGCCGCCUAUUCUAUCCAAGAAGCAUUAGAUGCAGCCGAAAAAUUGGGCUACCCUGUAAUGGCCAGAGCCGCGUUCUCGCUCGGAGGCUUGGGAUCCGGUUUUGCGAAUUCCAAAGAAGAAUUGAGACGGCUUGGACAGCAAGCGUUUGCUCACUCGAAUCAAUUAAUCAUCGACAAAUCAUUGAAAGGUUGGAAGGAAGUGGAAUACGAAGUCGUUCGAGACAUGUACGACAAUUGCAUCACUGUUUGCAACAUGGAGAACGUUGAUCCUCUCGGUAUUCACACCGGAGAAUCAAUUGUUGUCGCUCCUAGUCAAACACUGUCGAACAAGGAAUACAAUAUGCUUCGAACAACGGCUUUAAAAGUAAUUAGACACUUCGGGAUAGUCGGCGAAUGCAACAUCCAGUAUGCAUUAAAUCCAAACACCGAGGAAUAUUACAUAAUCGAAGUGAACGCAAGAUUGUCGCGCAGCUCGGCGCUAGCGAGCAAAGCUACCGGUUACCCGUUAGCUUACGUAGCCGCGAAAUUAGCGCUUGGUAUUAGUUUACCGGAUAUCCACAAUUCCGUAACCGGGAAAACGACAGCAUGCUUCGAGCCCAGUCUUGAUUAUUGCGUAGUUAAAAUACCGAGGUGGGAUUUAAGCAAAUUUCAUCGAGUUAGCACAAAGAUCGGCAGCUCUAUGAAAAGCGUAGGGGAAGUGAUGGCGAUUGGGCGCAAAUUCGAGGAAGCUUUUCAGAAAGCUUUGAGAAUGGUCGACGAGAAUACAAAUGGCUUUGACCCGUACGUGAAGGUUCCAAACGACGAGGAAUUGGAAAAGCCAACGGAUAAAAGAAUGUUCGUUCUUGCCGCUUCUAUAAAAGCAGGGUACACGAUAGAUAGAUUGUACGAACUUACGAAAAUAGAUAAGUGGUUCUUACACAAAAUGAAGAAUAUCAUCGAUUACUAUUUGGUCUUGGAGAAUACGAAAUUGUCGCACGAUGUUCUGCUACGGGCUAAACAAAUUGGAUUUUCCGACAAACAAAUCGCAGCUGUGGUUAAAAGUUCGGAAUUGGCAGUCAGAAUACAAAGGCACGAGAGCAAUAUACGACCAAUGGUGAAGCAAAUUGACACUGUGGCUGCCGAAUGGCCAGCUACAACGAAUUAUCUAUAUUUAACGUAUAAUGGAACGACGCACGACGUGGAAUUUCCCAGUGGAUAUAUGAUGGUGAUAGGAUCUGGAGUAUAUCGAAUCGGCAGUUCGGUAGAAUUUGAUUGGUGUGCUGUCAGCUGUCUGCGCGAAUUACGAAACUUGGGAAGGAAAACGAUCAUGAUUAAUUACAAUCCGGAAACAGUAAGCACCGAUUAUGAUAUGAGUGAUCGAUUAUACUUCGAAGAGAUAUCGUUCGAAGUUGUGAUGGAUAUCUACGAUCACGAAUGCCCUGAGGGAAUAAUUUUAUCCAUGGGCGGUCAAUUACCGAACAAUAUUGCUAUGGAUCUUCAUAGGCAACAGGCCAGAAUUCUUGGAACUUCGCCGGAGUCUGUAGACGGAGCCGAGAAUCGGUUCAAAUUUUCUCGCAUGCUGGAUGGCAUUGGAAUUUCACAACCAAGGUGGAAAGAACUGACCAAUUUGAAGUCUGCGAUCGAGUUUUGCGAAGAAGUCGGCUAUCCGUGUUUAGUGCGGCCUUCUUACGUGUUGAGCGGCGCCUCGAUGAACGUGGCGCAUUCGAAUCAGGACCUCGAAUCGUAUCUGAAGAGCGCUAGCGAAGUGAAUAAGGAGCAUCCAGUGGUCAUAUCAAAAUUCAUUCUCGAAGCGAAGGAGAUUGAUGUGGAUGCUGUUGCCUAUGAAGGAAUUAUUCUUUGCAUGGCAGUAUCGGAGCACGUAGAGAAUGCUGGAGUCCACUCAGGAGAUGCCACUCUUGUCACACCGCCGCAAGAUAUCAACCCUGAGACUUUGAUAAAAAUAAAAGUGAUGUCCAAGGCUAUUGCUGCAUCUUUAGGUGUAACCGGUCCCUUCAACAUGCAAUUGAUUGCGAAGGACAAUGAGUUGAAGGUCAUAGAGUGCAACGUUAGGGUGUCUAGAUCUUUCCCCUUCGUGUCAAAGACACUGGAUCACGAUUUCGUAGCUAUGGCCACGCGGUUAAUUGUUGGAGAGCCUGUGGAUCCGGUAGACGUUCUCGCAGGGUGCGGUAAAGUUGGCGUCAAAGUACCCCAGUUCUCGUUUUCGCGUUUGGCCGGUGCCGAUGUGAUGUUGGGCGUUGAGAUGGUGUCCACGGGUGAAGUUGCUUGCUUCGGAGAUAAUCGGUACGAGGCUUACCUGAAAGGAAUGAUGAGCACCGGUUUUCAUAUACCAGAAAAGGGCAUUUUACUCUCAGUGGGAAGUUUCAAGCAUAAAAUGGAGUUAUUACCGUCCAUUCGAAGUCUUCAUAAUAUGGGCUAUAAAUUGUAUGCUAGCAUGGGAACCGCAGAUUUCUAUACGGAACAUGGAGUGGAGGUGGAACCGGUACAAUGGACAUUCGAGAACAUCAGCGUAAACGAGGAUUCUAGCCCGAGCGAGCUUCGACAUCUGGCCGAUUUUCUAUCAACGAAACAAUUCGAUCUUGUAAUUAAUUUGCCAAUGAGGAAUGGCGGUGCUCGCCGAGUUUCAAAUUUCAUGACGCAUGGCUACCGUACAAGGAGGCUCGCCGUCGAUUAUUCAGUUCCCCUGAUUACAGACGUUAAAUGUGCCAAAUUAUUGGUCAAAGCUUUGAGAAUGCUCGGUGGACGUGCACCACACAUGAAGACACAUACAGAUUGCAUGUCAUCGCGAACGAUGAUCAAGCUUCCUGGCUUUAUCGACGUCCACGUACACACGCGUGACCCUGGCGCGAUUUACAAAGAGGACUUUGCAACUUGCACUGCAGCUGCUCUUGCCGGAGGCAUCACGAUGAUUUUUGCGAUGCCCAACACAAAUCCUGCUGUCGUUGAUCAUCAGUCAUUCGCCCUGACCAAGGAACGAGCUCUUCACAACGCGAGGUGUGACUACGCGAUUUUCGUCGGAGCUUCCUCGGACAAUUAUAACAUGAUUUCGGAAUUAGCCCCAUUAGCCGCGGGUCUCAAAAUGUAUCUUAAUGAAACGUUUACAACUUUACGAUUGGCCGAUCUCACAGUGUGGAUUAAACAUUUCCAAAGCUGGCCAAAGAAAUAUCCUAUCUGCGUACAUGCAGAGGGUGAAACUACUGCCGCGGUUCUUUUGCUAGCUGGUUUACGUAACAGGCCUAUUCACGUGUGCCAUGUAGCUCGGAAAGAGGAGAUUCAAAUUAUACGCGCUGCUAAGGAGAAAGGAAUGGCCGUCACCUGUGAAGUAUGCCCUCAUCACUUGUUCCUCUGUAAGGACGAUCUUGAUCGCAUAGGACACGGACAAGGCCAGGUGAGACCAAUGUUAGGAAGCAAAGAAGAUCAACAAGCUCUUUGGGAAAAUUUAGACGUGAUCGAUUGCUUCGCGACAGAUCAUGCACCGCAUACCGCGCAAGAGAAAUGCAGCGAGAAACCACCGCCGGGAUUCCCUGGACUUGAAACGAUGCUUCCACUUUUACUGACUGCAGUUCACGAGGGAAAAUUAACUAUAGAGGACAUUAUAGACAAACUUUAUAGAAAUCCGAAACGGAUUUUUAAUAUACCGGACCAGCCAAAUACUUACAUCGAAGUAGAUUUAAAUGACGAAUGGGUAAUACCGGACGCGAUGCCCUUCUGCAAGUCGAAAUGGACCCCGUUCGCUGGAAUGAAAGUUCGCGGAUCGGUUCACAGGGUAGUUUUAAGGGGAGAAGUCGCUUACGUCGAGGGUCAAAUCUUGGUGAAUCCCGGCUAUGGGCAGGAUAUCAGAGAGAUUCAAGCGAAAACAAAACACCAAACGAUGAGUGCCCCAGUCGUUGAUGUAGGCAGUCGACCGGGUUCGGCUUUGGACAAUCUUCAAUCACCGAAUUACGAAAAGUAUAAUAAUUUCGUUGAUCGAGUAGCGGACAUGUCAGAAGAAGAACAGAAUGAAGCGUACAUUCAUUUAUUGCAAACGGCGUCGCAGAAGUCGAACGUUCAUUUCGCAUUGGACGUAGAUUCCCGCGAGCAAUCAAAAUUCUUAGCGGUUCAACAACGCACCGUUUCUCCUCUUCCCAUCAGCAAUGCCACUAGGAAUAAGAGUAAUAGUAAUUCUAAUCUUUUAUUGACUCCUGUGUCGCAAGUUCCCGCUGUUCACACUAGUCACAAUUUAGUGGGUCACAACGUUUUGACAGUUGAUAUCUUUAAUAAGGAAUUAUUAAAAGAUAUCUUUAAUAUUGCGGAAGUCUUUCGCAAUACUAUUAGAAAAGAACGAGCUUUGGAUCAUAUUUUACGGGGUAAACUGAUGGCAUCGAUUUUCUACGAGGUCAGUACGAGAACUUCUUGCAGUUUCGCUGCUGCGAUGGAAAGACUUGGAGGUCGAGUGAUAUACAUGGAUGGUUCCACGUCAUCGGUGAAGAAAGGAGAAACCUUGGAAGAUUCAGUCACGGUGAUGGCUGGCUAUGCAGAUGUAGUAGUACUUCGCCAUCCCGAACCAGGUGCAGUAUCGAGAGCCGCGCAGCACUGUAGAAAACCAUUACUGAAUGCUGGCGAUGGUGUUGGAGAACAUCCGACGCAAGCGUUGCUCGACAUCUUUACGAUAAGAGACGAGAUCGGUACAGUGAAUGGCUUGACGAUCACUAUGGUUGGAGACUUGAAGCAUGGUAGAACGGUCCAUUCUCUCGCAAGAUUACUGACUUUGUACAACGUCGAACUUCGUUACGUGUGUCCUCCGAAUCUCAGCAUGCCUGACCAUGUAAUAAAGUACGUAUCCGAGCGAGGAAUAUCGCAGGUGAAGUUCACUACCCUCGAGGACGCUCUUCCUGACACGGACGUUCUCUACAUGACGCGUAUUCAAAAGGAACGUUUCACGACCCAAGAGGAAUAUGACAAGGUAUGUGGUCAUUUCGUGAUAACGCCGCAGCUGAUGUCCCGCGCGAAGCGGAAGAUGGUGGUAAUGCAUCCUUUGCCCCGCGUGUUCGAAAUCAGCACGGAAUUCGACACAGAUCCACGGGCCGCUUAUUUCCGACAGGCUGAGAACGGCGUCUAUGUCCGAAUGGCGCUCUUGGCAAUGGUCCUUGGACGCGCGUGACUUGCACAAGGAUGAGGGACAAACGUGACUUCUAGGUCAAGAUCGUUCCGAUUUCGGAGGCCCGAGUCAUCACGUGUGAGAAGAUAAAACGUUCUCGAUCGCAAUCCCAAUUAGACUGUGAUUCAUAUAUACAUUGUUUUAUAAUCCAUCGAUGGAACAGACAGCAUUUUCAAAUAAGAUCGUAACUAACACUUGGUUCCAUAAGAAAUUGGAAAAUAUUAUUAACUCAAAUUUUCAAACACGCUCUAUUUUAUAUGAUUGUAUUUGUAUAAACUUUUAUCCUACCUCAAGACCUUAUUGACAGAAACGAAAAUUUCCAUAAGUCAAUCACUUCGUCGCUGCACAAAAUUGUUGUAAGAACGUA